AUGUCUGCCGUCGAUACUGCUGUGCUAAAUGGCCAUGUCGAAGCUAACGGCAAUGGGCCUGAACUUACUCGGGCUCAGAAGCUCAUGCAGCAACACGAUCAUGAACAUCAACCCUCUAUUGAGGAGGUCCCCGAUGAAGAAGAUUUGAAGCAUGGUGAACAACCUACCUCUACCAGCGUUCUCGAGGACGUCAAUGGAGAUUCCACCGCUCCAGGAUGGGUCCCCAAUGUGUCCACAAAAGCUGCAGGAAAACAAAAGGAGGACGUCCGCAAGGAGCCCUCAAUCGAUACACAAUCUCACGAGUUGUUCCCAGCUCUCGGAGCCUCUUCCCAACCUAAGCCUCAAGCUCAAGGUAUUUGGGGCGGCGGAAAAUCGUCAGCCAAUGCCAAUGGAACUCCAACAAAUGGAGCAUCCCGAGCUUCUACUCCCAUCUCAGGCGCAGCAACCCCAAUGUCUUCUGUCAAUCGACCAAAGGUCAAUCAACCAGGCCAACAACAUCAAGAAAGAAUCGAAUUAGCCAAAGAUCACAUUCUCAAACGUGACCAGCUCAAGAAGCCUUUGCCAGAAAUUUUGAGAGAGAUCAACAAGAAGUAUAGGUCUAAUAUUACUCAAACAACUGGUAUGGGAGGUAAGAUGACCUUUACAGCUUAUGGUCCUCCCGCAGCUUCUCGUACCGGUAUCAAGGCUUUGAUGGAACAAAUUGGUGCAAAGCAAGAAAUCCACGUCACUAUCCCCAGCAAAGCACGAGCCUUCAUCAUCGGAAAACAAGGUUCAAAGAUUAAGGAGUUACAAGAAGCUACUGGUGCUAGAAUUCAAAUGCCCAAGGACAAUAAGGCGAGCCCAGUCGACGAUGAUGAAGAUGCCACAGUAGAUGUCACUAUUGUGGGCAAUGCUGUUGCGGUCGCAGAAGCUAAGAAGGCAAUCGAGAAAAUUGUGGGAGAGAAAGCAGGCACAACUAAGACCAAGCUGCGUGGUAUCCCAUCGGAAUUCUACCGUUUCAUUGCUGGUCCCCAUGACACUCAUGCCGAUUCCUUGAGAAAUACUCACAACUUGUCCGAGUUGGAAAUCCCGUCUAAUUACAUCUGGCGAACCCCCCCUCAUGGUCCCGAAGGCCCCAAUUUUGUUCCAGCUGCUGCUGACAACUGCAUUACUCUCAAUGGUGACCGUGCUGCCGUCCUAGCAGCACGUGCGGAGAUUGAGCGUCGGGCCAAGCAGUUGCACGAAGAGCUCACGCGCCAAGAAGUGAGAGGGAUCAGCAAGGGUCGCCAUCAAUCUAUUAUUGGUGAACAAGGUAACCCAGGAGAGGACUUUUUUGCCAGAACUGGAUGUGCCCUAUUUGUGCCAGACAAAGAUGAACAAGAUAACACCAUUACAGUCGUUGGCCCUAUAGACAAGAUUCAGGAAGCUGUGCGGGAAGCCAGAAAGCUAUCGACUAAAUCGCAAUCUACCAAUAUUGAUGUUACUCAACAUUUCACUGGAGCACCAGACAGCAAAGAGCAUGCUUUCAACCUUGCACGAUAUUUGCGCCAGCGCAGCGAGAUCGAAAGACUCGAGAGGCUUCACAAUGCUCGUAUUUACACACCAAAUGUUGGCAGUGGCUCGAAUUGGGAAAUCUUCUCUGAGGAAACGGAUGCCUUGUUUGAAGUACAGGGACAGCUGAUGAACAUAAUGGAUGCUCACCCUCACUCACGUAUGGCAAACAUUCCAGUAAACUCUUUCUACCAUAAGCAUCUUGAACAAGAUAUCUCUCCAAGAGUCAAGAAGGAUUAUGGCGUGCACGUUGUGUUGCCAGAUGGGCCCAACGGCGAUGUACUCCUUGUUUUUGAGGGACCUGCUGGAAAAGAACCCGAAUACAGUAUUCCCCGUAGUCAACCUUCAAGAAAUGACAUUGCAGAAUUUAAGCGAGGUUUAGAAGAAGCUCGCAAGCACAUUAUUGAUGUCAUUAAUUCUCAGGCAGAGAUUACCAGCGAAUCGAUCGAUGUUCCAAGAAUUUACCACGAUAAACUCAGGAAAUUCAUCACCGCGGAGAACAAAGCCUUCCAAAUUCCUACUCGCGUUGUUGCUAAUGGCACUGUUGUCACACUUCAAGGACCUAGACCCACUGUGGAGAAGUUGGCUGUCAAGGUCAGAGAAUUCGUCGCACAUGCGAUUGAAGAGGAGAAAGAGCGUGGUUACACACUUUCUUUUGACUUCCCUCAAAAGCAUGCAAACCAGCUCAUUGGUAAGGGAGGCUCGUUCGUGAACGAGUUGCGUGAAAAGUUCGAUGUCGACAUUCAACUCAAGGAUGGCCAAGUCGAAGUGAAGGGACCUAAGGCCAAAGCAGAUGCUGCCAAAUCUCAUAUCUCGGCUCUUGGCAGACAAUGGGCUGAUGAGACCACGUACACUCUGAAGAUCGAUCCUAAGUUCCACCCUGAGCUCAUUGGUGCCAAGGGAACCCAGAUCAACAGAUUGCAAACUCGUUACAAGGUCCAAAUUCAUUUCCCACGCUCGGGUCGGCCUACAGAUGAAGAGCAUGCAGAAAAUGAUGCUGGUCAAAAUGCUCGACGUCAACAAGCCCCAGAUGAAGUCUCUAUCAAGGGGCCUAAGAAGGGAGCCGAUGAAGCCCGAGAUGAAAUUCUUUCUUUGUUUCAAUAUCUACAAGAUAACUCUCAUAGCGCUACUGUCAGCGUUCAGCAAAGCCAGAUUCCUUCCCUUAUCGGUCAACGUGGAGCUGGCAUGGAAGAAUUGAGACAAUUGACUGGAGCCAAGAUUGAUGUUCCAAACUCUCGCGACAGUGCUGACGCAUCAGGACGAGUUGAGAUUCAGAUCAAGGGAACAGCAUCUCAAGUCGCAAAGGCAAAGAAAUUGAUCGAGGAAAAGAAGAGUGUUUUUGAUUCGACAGUUACCGAGACUUUGGAUGUCGACAAGAAGCAUCACAGAGCUUUGAUCGGUGCUGGAGGCGCAAACAUCCAUGCCAUCAUUGUCAAUGCUGGUGGAUCUGGUGACCGCCGAGAGCUCGCUCGGGUUGUGCAAUUCCCCAAGGCCGAAUCUGAGGGUAAUGCUAUCAAGGUUGAAGGUAGCCGACAGCUUGUUGAUAACAUUGUUUCUGCCAUUCAAAAGAUUGUUGAGGAACGAGAUAGCCAAACAACAGAAACUGUGGAUGUUCCAACCGACAAGCAUCGUCCUUUGAUCGGUGCUGGCGGUGAGACGAAGAAGGGUAUGGAGAAAAACUUCAAAGUCUCGAUCGAUAUUCCUAGACAGGGCAGUGGUCAAACUGGAAUCACCGUUACUGGCCUUCCUGCUGAUGUCGAAAAGGCAAAGGCACAUAUUCUUGAACUCGUUAAAGGCCAAGAAGGUGAAACUGUCCAGGUUCCACGAAAGCUUCACCACGACAUUUCAAACAAUGGCCUAUUUUUCCGAAAGUUGCGAAAUGAUCUUCAAGUCACAGUUGAUCAUGCAGGAGCUAAAAUGCCAGCAAGAGCCACACCACCCUCAGGAGCUAGCGCUAAGGAUGCUUUGAUCACAGAUGAAAAGGAUACAACUGAUGACGUUGAGGAAUGGUUCGUCUUUAACAAGUCUGAAUCUGGAGAGACUGGUGACAUUCCAUGGGUUUUGCGUGGCACCACCGAAAAUGUUGCGCAAGCUAAAUCCAUCUUAGCUCAAGCCAUUGAACAAGCAUCGAAAAACAACUUUGUUGGACACCUUACUCUUGUUGAUCCUAGCUUGUAUGGAUCUAUUGUUGGUAAGAAUGGCAGCAAGGUUAAUAGUAUUCGUAAGGCCACUGGCUGCAACGUUACUGUUCCUCGUGGACAGGGAACUGAUCCAAUUGAGGUUGUUGGUAGUGAAGAGGGCAUUGAGAAGGCUAAGGAGUUGAUCCUUCAAGCUGUUGCUGAGGGAAAGAAUAAGCCUGCUCGUGGUGGUGAUAGAUAUUAA